CGAGAGAAGGGGACAAGAAGCCAAGAGGCAGCUGUAAGCACCAUUGUCACUGUCCUUCACAAUUUCCCCGGGAACCUCUCUCUCCCUCUCCUUCUCUUUCAUGAAAGUGAUGAACGAUAUUAUCGCACAUCAUCCUUGACUACUUCUUCUUCUUCUUCAUUUCCAUCAACUGUAUAGUCUCUCUGUCUCUGUCUCUGUCUCUAUCUCUCCUUCUAUUCUUUCAAAAUGGAAGUGUCUCAGCAAGGUGCUUUGACAAGCCUCAAUGGAAAUGCAGAAAGAGAAAACAAAGAGAGUAAGAGUUCACUUGUUGUUUGUUUCGGUGAAAUGUUAAUAGACUUUGUCCCAACUGUUGGCGGAGUUUCUCUUGCCGAAGCACCGGCUUUCAAAAAAGCUCCCGGAGGUGCUCCUGCCAAUGUCGCAGUCGGCAUUUCAAGACUUGGCGGUUCUUCGGCUUUCAUUGGCAAGGUUGGCAAGGAUGAGUUCGGGUACAUGCUUGCCGAUAUACUGAAAGAAAACAAUGUCGAUAAUUCCGGUGUUCGAUUUGAUCCCGGUGCAAGAACUGCGCUUGCAUUUGUCACUCUCCGAGCUGACGGUGAGCGGGAAUUCAUGUUCUUCCGCAAUCCAAGUGCUGAUAUGCUCCUCAAAGAGACCGAACUUGAUGCAAAUCUUAUCCAGAAGGCAUGUAUAUUUCACUAUGGUUCGAUCAGUUUGAUUGAAGAACCAUGCAGAUCAACACAUCUUGCAGCGAUGAAAAUUGCGAAAGCAUCAGGUAGUAUCUUGUCUUAUGAUCCUAAUCUAAGACUUCCACUUUGGCCAUCUGCCGAAGCAGCCCGACAAGGAAUUAUGAGCAUAUGGAAUGAAGCCGAUAUUAUCAAGAUAAGUGAGGAAGAGAUCACAUUUUUGACCGGAGGGGAUGAUCCAUACAACGACAAAGUUGUGCUUGACAAACUUUUUCAUCCAAAUCUGAAACUGCUACUGGUGACUGAAGGGCAAGAUGGAUGCAGAUAUUACACUAAGAAAUUCAAUGGCAAGGUCAGUGGUGUAAGAGUUGAAGCUGUUGAUACAACCGGUGCUGGUGAUGCCUUUGUGAGUGGCAUACUUACCAGCUUGUCGUCUGACCUGAAUCUUUACCAGGAUGAGAAGAAGUUGAGGGAUGCUCUCAUGUUUGCAAACACAUGUGGUGCAAUAACAGUAACAGAGAGAGGGGCAAUACCUGCACUACCUACAAGAGAUGCAGUCCUUCAACUAUUACCGGCAUAAAGACAGUCAGAAUUCUGUUAGCAUAUGCAACAUGUAGUAGAUGCUUGCUUUCUGGAUUGGUGAGACCAUCCAAGAACACUCCUGGUUAAACUGUGCUGUAUAUCCUUGAGUGAUCAAACCAAGUAAUAAUAAGAUACAAUAUUUAUAA